AUGCCUCGUCCGGCAGCCAGGAGGCGGCAGGCGGUCGAAGCCGUUCCCGCCUCGACUUCCAUCGCAGACUUUGCUCGGGUGGCCAAGACUCGGGCUUUCCCUGACGCAUCCGCAAAGAGAUCCGUCGUCGUCAACCUGCCUGCUCCCCCCCUCGCGUCUCGGAAGAGAAAGGCGAGCUCGCUGCAGCAGCAGGACGGCCUCGCCGCGCCGUCGUCGUUGACUCGGAGGACCCUCUCCUUCCCUCCCAGCAGCGACGAGGAGGAUGACGCACAGUCCGUCGCUGCGAAGCGGCUUCGACGGGAUGCCCCGGCGCUUUCGGCUGCCGACUCCUGCAACGCAGCCUCGGCCCCGAAACAGGGCAGACGCGCCGCGGAAUCCGCGCCUUCGCGGGCACACAAAACCCGCCGACCCGGCAAAUCAACAUCUGUCAUUGCCAAGCCUGCACAGCAGCAAUCGAGACGGACUCUGCAAACAAGGAUCGAUGCCGUCUACAAAAAGAGUGCGGAGAAGGCCGGGGCCGAGGCCCUGGUCGAGAAGAAGAAGCAGCAGCCGCUGCCCCAUCACCUGGAAGAGCUGGUUGCUCUCAACAAGGCGUUUCUGGAGACAGUCAUGAUCCACAUUGCCCAUCACGGCAGCAGUUCGCCAAUUGACAUUCGUCUGCUUGCACCCAACAUUUCGCGGACGUGGGGUAAGCGACAGGUCACGGUGGAAGACAUUCGACGAUGCAUCGCCAUCCAAUGGCACGGCAGGCCGCGUGAGGAAUCGCCCUUUUUCGUUUCCGACCACGGCCGAGGCAGGCUGUGCGUCCAGAUCGCGGCACACAUGGUUGGGUCGUCGGUCAAUGAAGCUCGCUUGUGCCGGCAGUUUCAGGAGAACAUGCGCGCGUUGUGCGCGGAAAAGGCCGCGGAAAAGGCCGCGAAUCAGGCGUCGGGCGUGGAUGCGCUCGUGGAAAGCUUGUCGCUGGCCGACCUGCCUCAAGCUGCCGUCAAGGAGAUGGGCAAGGGGAUGCACGCCAACCCCGCCCUGGCCAAGGGACGCAGAGCGCUCGCGGACCUGAAGAGCGGCAUUGCCGCCAAGCAGCAGGACCAGGAGGCUGCCAGCAAGAAGCCCUUUGCCAACCCCGACGGCACCAAGAUGAGCCUCCUGGACCGACUCCGGCACAAGCAGCUCGCCAGAGCCAACGAGCCGCUUCCGCCGUCUGGCCCCGAGCUGCAGCGACGAGCCGCGCUGAACAGGGUUGCCGAUGUGGCGGCCACCAUCUCCAUGCUCAGCCUGUCCCAUACAAUGUCGCUGCCCCGGCAGGCGUUCACCAUGCUCGCCAUCUCGGAGAAGCUCCAGGACUCGUUGCGAGUUCCGUUGUCCAGGGAAGAAGGCAUGGCGUGUGUGCGACUGAUCGCCACCGAGGUUGCUCCUGAAUGGUUGAGGAUCGUGCCCAUCGGAGGCCGAGAGAAUGUCGUCAUCCAGAGGCACAGCCAGCCGAUUGACCGGGUCAUCCACGAGCGGGUGCAAAAGCUGCUUGCAGUGUAG